AUGAAGGUCUCACUAUGGCUGAACAUUCUCGGCGUAAAUUUAUCCCUCGCCUUGGCCGUGGGAACCAAUUUUCAAGCCUCGUGCCAAGCCUUUUCACCCGAUACGAGGACUACGGAUGCACAUCGUGAAUUCGUUGAAUAUGUGCCCGCGGGGACAAAUCUCAGUUUGCCGUACAAUGAUGCAACCUGUGCUCGCCCGUAUCAAGUUGUGCCGGUAGAUCUUUGUCGUGUCGCAUUAUAUCUGGAGACAUCCAACAGAUCAAGCGUGACCACAGAGCUCUGGCUCCCUCGAAAUUGGACUGGCAGGUUCUUGGGGACUGGAAAUGGCGGGAUCGAUGGCUGUAUAAAAUAUGAGGAUCUGGCAUACGGGGCCGCGAACGGAUUCGCCGUGGUCGGGUCGAACAACGGGCACAAUGGCACGACUGCCGUCUCAUUUUAUGAAAACUCGGAUGUCCUCGCCGAUUUCUCUUGGAGAGCCACGGUGAUAGGUAAACAAGUCACCAAGGCAUUCUAUGGGCGACCGCAUACAAAGUCAUAUUACCUGGGUUGCUCUUUAGGGGGACGGCAGGGGAUCCACUCCGCUGUGGCCUUCCCCAAUGACUUCGAUGGUGUUAUUGCGGGAUCACCGGCACUAGACUUCAAUAAUCUUGUCUCCUGGAGAGCAAGCUUCUUCCCUAUUACGGGUUCCGCUGACUCCGCUAGCUUCAUAAGUGUAUCAACAUGGAAGAACCUGAUUCACCCUGAGGUGUUGGUCCAGUGCGAUACACUUGACUAUGUCGAUGACGGCAUCAUUGAGGAUCCUACCUUGUGCGAUUUUCGUCCGGAGGUGCUAAUGUGCACAAACGAUAGAAUAGAUAACUGUCUGAGCCCUGCGCAGGUAGAGAUCGUCCGGAAGGUGUUUAGUCCGAUGUACGACGAAAAUGGGCAACUGAUAUUCCCCGCAAUGCAACCAGGAAGCGAGCUGGAGGCCGCAGACAAGCUUUAUUCAGGAAAGCCAUUCAGCUAUUCUAAGGUCGCGGAUGACUUAAAUCCACAGAGGAUCAGAACCUGGCCGAACGAUCUGUCGAACUACAAAAAACGAGGAGGAAGGAUAAUCACCUACCAUGGACAGCAGGAUGGUAAAAUUACAAGCUUCAACACGGAGCGGUUUUACAAUCAUCUUUCGACAACUAUGAACAUGUCUGCCUCCGAACUUGACCAUUUCUUCCGUUUCUUCCGUAUCUCUGGCAUGUCCCACUGUAGCUCAGGUCCAGGUGCAUGGGCAUUUGGGCAGGGUGGUAGCCCUGUUCCAACAAUGACACCGUUUAACAGAAAUGACAAUAUCUUAGCUGCGUUGGUGGCUUGGGUGGAACUCGGCAUAGCCCCAGAGACGAUCACGGGGACAAACAAUAUGGAACAGUCCCCACUUGAACCGCCCGAGGCGAAGUCUGUCCAAACCAACGUCCCUAUCGAUAGAUCUGCUAAAACCAAAAAGGAGUCUACCGCGGAGGCAGAGCAACGCACUGGUGAUGAUGAGACCCCAAAGGAAAGAACCCAUUUGAACCAUACGCAGCACAGCAGCACCGCUAGAGAAACUGGUGAGUUUCAAAACCAGCAUCAGUCGGUCAAUACCGAACGCCGUGGCUACCCACUGUUCUGGUUUCUUCCUGAACAAUUUGCUGCUCACGCCUAUCGACCCAGCGAUAUUCUGUCGUUCACGGAGUGCCCACCUGAAAUCCCGACCUACAGGGAGCCUAGAUUGGAUACAGUCCCUGUUGGUAUGGUCCUAAAUGUCCCGGAUCAUGUGGAUGAGAAUUCUGGUGUCAGAACUCGUGUGGCAUUUGAUGUCGCACUUUUACAUGUUUCUCUGGAGCCCCCUUUUUGGACCAUCGCUAGCAGGACGGGACGACUCUUGAAUAGCGCAGACUGCUGCCUUGACCCUAGCUUUGCUACCGAAAAGCUUAGACUGAUCAAAGUCAGAGAGAUGAUACACGCUCACAUAAUCGAAUUGACCACAUACCGUCAUAAUUUCCUCCUGUUGUUACGCUCUUGGCGCAAGGAACGAAGGCUUUGGGAGGUUCGGCUAGUGCUCGCUCAGAUCAGACGAGGUAACAACUCGAUAUUCCAGCAUCCUCUGUCACACGAAGAUCUUGACCAUCUCUGUGUUUGGUACAGAGAGCAACAAGCAGCCGAGGACCGUGGAGAGAUUGACUCAUCCUCGUUCGGCCGGGUUACUGGCAUGGUGAAUCCGUGUGCCAAGGAGAUCGGAGCCAAUGUACAAGGCGGUUUUGUGAAUCAAGCGAUUGUCACUCGCUGCGAGAAGCUCAAAGAGGCUAUAAGGGGCGUUCUCGCGAGGAUCACUAUAUUACAGGCCCAAGAAGACGAGCAGCGGCGGCGCCAGCGGGAGCAACCCUCCAGGCAGGAGCAAGGAACAGCUGAUAGUGGAAAUGAUGGUACGAGCCUUCCCGGGGAUACCUUGUUGGUAGAUUUCGAAUUUGAUACUGAGGACCCCUUCCCUUCAGCUCCCGUGAUCGAUCCUCUGCCCACUGACCUCGCACAUCGCGCGGCACACUAUCACUGGCAAGUCGAAAGACAUGGUGUUUGGGCCCCGAAAGGCUUGUUCAAGCGCGCGACCUAUCUUAGAGCAUUUCAGCUUGCGGCUCCGGAUGAUCUUUCUUUCUUCGAUAAACCGAGAGCAGAGUGGCCCCGAGGACACCAAGGUCUGCUGCAUGAACAUGUGGACUAUAUCGACGAUUUUCAAGUGAACCCUUGGGGAGUCCCAGCAACCCGUCUCACUCAAGCUCUACGCCACCAGCCUCGGUAUACCGCUGAUGUCAUAUAUUCCAAGAAGGUCCGUAUGAUCCUCAAGAGUAUUGAGAAAUGGUAUUUCACGAACAGAGAGAUGGCGCUUGGCGGUAUUCGAGAUUGGCCUCUUCCGUGUGGUGUUCGAGAAGGUCUUUUGGAGGUACUCAGGGAACUCCAGUGA